CAUCCAAAGGGAUGCCUGAGAGAAUGGUCCUUGAUGUUGGGAGAUUGUAGCCACAGAGUAGGUAUUAGAGGCCAGCUCUUACCAAUAACCUAAUGCAAUAACCUAAGGGCACUGAUUAUGAGCAUGAUAUGGGCAUACCCUCCUGUCAUUUCUUGGCUUGGAGAACAGCUCCCAGAGGCGUCAAGCCUUCCCUGGCCAUAGUUUUUCUUCCAUGUCUGUCUGCAGAUUCACUUGGUGAGCAUGAGUUGCGUUUUAGGUAGAAAUAAAGAGCAUCAGUUACAUGUUUGCCUCUACAGUGAAGAAGGAUAGAGGAGAGCAGUGUGGGAGAAGAACAUGAAGAUGACUGAGCAGCACAAUCAGGAAUACAGCCAAGGGAACAACUUCACAAUGACCAUGAGUGCCUUUGGAGACAUGACCAGUGAAGAAUUCAGGCAGGUGGUGAAUGGCUUCAAAUACCAGAAGCACAGGAAGGGGAAAGUGUUUCAGGAACCUCUGUUUCAUGAUAUCCCCAAAUCUGUGGAUUGGAGAGAGAAAGGCUAUGUGACUCCUGUGAAGGAUCAGUGCAGCCGGGGCUCUGGAAGGACAGGUGUUCGGAAAACUGAGAAACUAGUUUUACUGAGUGUGCAGACCUGGUGGACUGCUCUAGGUUUCAAGGCAAUGUUGGCUGCAUUUUUGCAGAACCAUUAUUUUGCUUCCAGUAUGUUGCCGACAAUGGAGGCCUGGACUCUAAGGAAUCCUAUCCAUAUGAAAGAAAGCUCUGGAGACUGGAAAGUCCAAGGUCACAGAGGUGCAUCUGGUGAGAGCCUUCUUGCUGGUGGGGACUCUCUGCAGAGUCCCGAGGUGGCACAGUUGUACUCUUCAUCUUCCUUGUAUUCUGGGAAGCAUGAAGUGCAGUAUCAUCUUAUCGAGGAUGUUCUGCACAUGCUAAGUGGUAGGGACGAGGAUCACAAUGAAGACAACUGGCCCCAUGACAUGAGGAAUUAUGUGGCUGGAGAGGCCCAGGUGUAGCAGUUAUGGGAUGUUACUUCACCAAACAGGUGAUGUUUCACACCUCAGGGUAACAGAACAUUUUGCCUGUCAGUGCCUAGCCACUGUUCACAAUCAGAGCCAAAAAGGCUUCUC